AUGAUCCUUAAAAAACCCCUCACACUGCAAGUCGAUGCAUCUAAAUACGAACUUGGCGUAGUUUUACUACAAGACUCUAGACCCGUCGCAUACGCGUCUAAAACUCUGACCUCAAGCGAAAUUAACUACGCGCAAAUAGAAAAGGAAAUAUUAGCAAUUCUGUUCGAGUGUAAGCGCUUCCAUCAGUAUGUUUACGGCAGACGCUUUACGGUUGAAACAGACCAUAGACCCCUCAUCUUCAUUAUGAAGAAACCGUUAGCUGCAGCCCCCGCGAGAUUGCAACGAAUGCUUUUACAGCUACAUCGAUACAACAUCGAUAUUGUUCACAAAGCCGGCAAGGACAUACCGGUAGCUGAUGCGCUUUCGCGUAAAUUUCUUAGUGAUACUUACCCAGAGCUCUCUGAUAGCAUGAACGCCUUAGUACACAGUGCCAUGUCGAGCAUUACGAUCAACGACACGCGACUAGAUGAGACGCGUGCCAUGAUGUCCGCUGAUCCGCACAGUCUCAAGCUGAAGCUCACCAUUAUGAAUGGCUGGCCAGACAAUCAACGCCACUUUUCAUCAUUAGUCAAGGAAUUUUGGAACUUUCGCGACGAGGUAAGUGUAGCUAAUGACCUGAUAGUUAAGGGCAACCGUAUUUUUGUUCCGAAGGGACAAAGGCAGACUAUGCUUGAACGCAUACACACCGGUCACAUGGGUGUAACAAAAUGCACCAAAAGAGCGCGCGAUAUUCUGUUUUGGCCAAAAAUGUCCUCGGACAUUGAGGAAAUGGUCCUCAUGUGUAAUACAUGUCUUGAAAAGCGCAUCGCUAACCCAAAGGAACCUUUUAUGCCCCAUGAGGUCCCUGAGCGUCCCUGGCAAGUAGUAGCCACUGACUUGUUUAGUUGGGAUGGACAAGAUUUUGUUACUGUAGCUGACUAUUACAGUCGAUACUUUGAGGUAUACCCUCUUCGAAAUACUCUAGCAGGUACAGUCAUUCAACAAAUAAAAGUCGCAUUCUCCCAUCAUGGGAUACCAGAGAAACUUGUAUCUGAUAACGGCCCCCAGUAUUCUUGCGAUGAGUCUGCGAAGUUCAGUAAACAGUACGGAUUUAUUCACGCGACGUCGAGUCCGACUCACGCGCAAUCUAAUGGUCUCGCCGAGAAAACGGUACAAACCGUUAAACACAUAUUUGGUAAAUGUAAAGCUGACCGUAAGGACCCUUAUUUGGUACAGAGGUACAACUCUUCUGCCACCGAAGGGACUAUAUGUGAAGCCCGAAGAAUUGCCACAAAGAAGUAUUAUCACCAAGACAUUCUGGGUUUGUAG